AUGUUUAAGGCCGAGUUUUUCAAUCCGAAUGAAUGGGCAAGUCUAUUUAAAGAAUCAGGAGCUAAGUAUGUUGUUUUAACUUCAAAACACCAUGAAGGAUAUACACUUUGGGGAUCUAAACAUUCUUGGAAUUGGAAUUCUGAAGAUGUUGGCCCUCAUCGAGAUCUUGUAGGUGAGGUAGCUGCAGCUGUAAGAGAAAAAGGUCUUAAAUUUGGUGUGUACCAUUCUUUGUAUGAAUGGUUCAAUCCUAUUUAUUUAAAUGAUAAAAAAAAUAGAUAUCAAACACAGGAUUAUGUGAAGCAAAAACUGAUGCCCGAGAUGAAAGAACUUGUGACUAAAUAUAAACCUGAUAUUCUCUGGGGUGAUGGAGACUGGGAAGCAUCCAGCAAUUAUUUCAAUACAACCAAAUUCAUGGCAUGGCUAUACAAUGAAAGUCCUGUUAAAAACACUGUUGUCAUAAAUGAUCGAUGGGGAAAUGAUGCACGUUGCCGUCAUGGUGGAUUCAUGACUUGUGAUGACCGAUAUAAUCCAGGCACUAUUCAACCUCGGAAAUGGGAGAAUUGUAUGACAAUUGAUAAAGAGUCUUGGGGAUACCGCAGGAAUUCUCAGGAGCAAGAUUACUUCACAAUACAAGAACUGAUUGAGAUUCUGGUUAAAACAGUCAGUUGUGGUGGAAACCUAUUGAUGAACAUUGGACCUACGAGUGAUGGACGUAUUAUUCCACUCUUUCAAGAACGCCUGAAGCAGUUUGGCAAAUGGCUCAAGGUGAAUGGUGAGGCCAUCUAUGGCACAAAGCCAUGGAUAGCCCAGCAGGACAUUUUCAAUCCCAAAGUUUGGUACACAUCUAAAAGUGCUGAAAAUGGAGUCCUCAGUGUUUAUGCUAUUGCCCUUGACCUGCCAGUUUCAGGAUCCAUGGAACUUGGUGUUCCAAAACCAUCACAGGAUACAAUUGUAACAUGGUUAGGAUAUGAAGAAGGAAGUAUAAAAUGGACAGUUUCUGGAAAUAACAUUGUGCUUGAGAUUCCCAAAAUCCUUCCAAAUCAGUUGCCAUGUGAAUGGGCGUGGGUGUUUAAAAUUGAAAAUUUAAAAUGA